AUGAAUCAUAACGAGCAGUCGCUCAAGGUCCUGUUAGUUGGUGAGUCGGGUGUGGGAAAGACUUCCAUUACGAAAAGGCUCUGCCAGGACAAAUUUGACGUCCUUUACAUUUCGACAGUGGGUGUUGAUUACACACCUAAGCAAACACAAGUCGACGACAAAACAAUCAGACUUCAACUUUGGGACUCGGCUGGACAAGAGCGUUUCAAAAACAUCACAUCGUGCUAUUUUCGUGGAGCCCAUGGUAUUAUGAUUGUGUACGACAUGACGAAACAAAAAUCGUUUGACAGCGUCGUGUCUUGGUUUGACGAUAUCCAGGAGAAGAGUUUGGGAACAACCCCGAUUAUAUAUGUUGUUGGCAAUAAGAGUGAUUUAACCUCUGACGUUGUUGUUGAUCAAAAGCAAAUCGAGGCAAUGUCGAAAAAACUCUCUGGAGCCAAGUUCUUUUACUGUAGUGCAAAGGAUGGAUCAAACAUCACGACAAUCUUUGACCAACUUUCAAGAGAGAUGCUCAUUGAACAAGAAAAAGAAAAGGCAAAAUACACCGAGCCUGAUAAUUGUCUUCAGCGAGGAUGCCGUUUUUUGAAAUGUUUUUCUUUCUAA